AUGUCUGUCCCCCUCAAUGUGACGUACGCCGAUUCACUCCGAAAGUCAGGCUUCGGGGAGGAUGCGAUCAAAGUCGUACAAGACUGCUGGGGCCAGAUCGCUGAGAAUCUCGCCGCCACCCACAUGACCACGACGCGAUUGCUGACGCUCGACUCUGCGUCUGAUGAUUAUGUCAAAGAGCGCGAGAACUUCAAAUCACUUGUCGAGGACAUCAACAAAGGCAGCGAGUUCUACAAGGAGGUCAUCAGCGAGAUCUGCAAAGAGACCGCCAGCGGGAUCUACGGGCAGGUCACCGAGCAUCGGGCUUUCCCGGCACUUACCGGUACCCUUCUUUCGCGUCCCGAGCUCGUGGCGCUGGUUCAGGAGUUCGACGAACCCAUGACGGUCGAGAGUGUCGCCCAGAGGCUGAAGGUACCGGAAGAAGAGGUCAAGAGACUCGAGCAGUCCUCAUGCAGCCUCCUGGACGACCGAGCGCAGUUUGAGGAGAUGCACAUUCGAAGCUUCAUUGACGGUACCACCCGCGCGAGUGAUCGAGCCCGGCUUGGGGAGUAUGCCACGGGACGCUGGUCCGAGUCGAAGGAGCUGUCAGUCGACGAUACGAAGAAAGCGAGGGAGCUCUACAAGGUCUUUUCACAAGACGUGGAUGUACUGGAGGGCGCGAGAGCCAUUUUCCAAGGUGUUCUCGAUACCAUUCUCGCUGACCAGGGUGAUUCUGGGGCGACGAAAGUGGAUACCGCAAGCCAGAGGGAGUGGCGAGCCAUCCAUCCCAUCCUGGCCAUUCGCAGCGGGUGCUACGACGCUCUGCAGGUCAUCGACAAGGCUCGCUCCCAGACUGGGCAUUCCGGUUCCACCAAAUCUUCCUUGGCCCUCGCCAAACGGGACGCGCAGAUGCAGUUGGUGGAUCUUGACACUCAACUGCAAAAGAAACUCGGCGGGUUGUACGAGUGUGCCCCUUGGCUUGCAAACGCUACCAUCUCCACUCAAGGCCCAGCUACGGCCCUCCAGCACGUCCCCGAGUUUCCCACACCCCUCCGGCUCGCCGAGGUAUACCAGGACCUUCGCAGCUCCCAGAACUCCGAUGUCGAGCUGCUGCGCCAGACCAAGACUGAUGUCUACAAUGGAGCUAUCCCUACUGCUCAGGCCAUCCCGACCAUCGCAGAGGUUCUCAAGAAGGCGGAAGGCAGACUCGAGCUCAAGAGACUCGGUGCGUCAACGUACGAGUGGUCGAAAGACAAUCCAGACUCUCUCGAGACGCGGGCCGGUCACAGCUUUGCUGACUUCGACUCGCUCCAAUCCAUGUGGGUUGACGUCGAUGAGAAGCUCGCCCAUGAUACCAUCAAGGAAUGUGUGAGCUGGCUGGCUGGUGUACCGAUUGACUUACUCAAUUCGUUUGCCGCCACCAGGGUUGCUGAGCUAUCUCUGCAGGGGGCAGAGUGA